AUGCUGAAGCUCUUCACAUCCCAUCACAUAGCUAGCCGGUGUAAGAACCGGAGUUCCCACAAAUUGGCUCAUCGAGCUUUCUUCUCGACACUAACCGAUUCCAAGCUUACCAACACUGUCUCUACUAAGCCAUGCCUCGACGAUUGUCAAACGGUUGUAGCAUUGCCAUUGCUUCGCAAGCCUCUUAUUCCUGGUUUCUACAUGCCACUCUAUGUCAAGGAUCCUAAAGUACUUGCAGCUUUACAAGAGAGCAAAAGCGGUCAAUCUCCAUAUGCAGGAGCUUUCCUUUUGAAGGAUGACAUAUACGCUUCAACUGCUUCAUCUUCUUCUAGCUUUGAAACAGUGAAUAUCUUAGAUAAGUUGAAAGGCAAAGAGUUGCUUCACAAAAUUCACCAAGUGGGCACACUUGCUCAGAUUUUAAGUAUCCAAGGUGAGCAAGUCAUCCUUAUUGGUCGCAAACGACUUCAAAUAACAGAGAUGGUGACUGGAGAUCCUCUAACUGUCAAAACUCAUCAUAUAAUAGAUAAGCUAUAUGACAAGGACGAUAAGGUCAUCAUCAAGGCAACAUACUUUGAGGAUAUAGGUGACUCCAACUAUCAAAAGUUGGCAAAGUUUUUACUACAAAAGAGAAGAAGAAAGUUUACCGGUUUUGGAGCUGGGAUCUUUGAGGCUAUUGACGUCUUUCAUCAAAAGCUAACCGGUUCUGGAGAUGGUAUCUUUAAAGCUACUGACUUCAAUUACAAAAAGUUAGCCGAUUUUGGAGUCGGGAUCUCGGGUGCUAACAAACAUAAAAUUCAGGAGGUUCUUGAAGAAUUAGAUGUUCGUAAGCGUCUAGACUUGGUUAAGAAACAAGUGGAAAUUAACAAAAUUCAAGUGUUUCAUGCCUCCAUUUUCCCGGUGACUCAUGCUACUAGAUUUUUCUUUGUAGAUGAUAUUCUGUUAUUUACUGCAGACAAGUUUAGGGAAAGAGUUAAGGUAAAACUUAUGAUGGACAAAAUUCCAAAACAUGUAGUAAAAGUCAUGGAAGAAAAGUUUGAAAAACUUGAUAGGGCAGAAAAAGAUUCAAGUAGUACCGAUAGUAUCUAUAACUACCUUGAUUGGUUGACAGCGUUGCCUUGGGGAGAAUGCAGUAACGAUAAUUUUGAUGUCCUAAGGGCAGAAGAGAUUCUUGACGAGGAUCACUACGGAUUACGUGAUGUAAAAGAAAGAAUACUAGAGUUUGUUGCUGUGGGAACACUUACGGGCAAUUCAGAAGGGAAGAUCAUUUGUCUCUCUGGCCCACCUGGGGUAGGGAAAACUAGCAUUGCUCGUUCUGUAGCACGUGCUCUUGGCCGCAAGUUCUUUAGGCUCGCUGUUGGAGGACUAUCUGAUAGUUCCCACAUUAAGGGGGACCGUGGAUUAUACGUUGGUGCCGCUCCAGGACAGAUGGUGCAAUGUCUAAAGGAAGUGAGAACAGAGAAUCCUCUUGUUCUGCUCGAUGAGAUUGAUAAGAUAGGACAGCAUAGUAGUAAAGAUCCAGAGGGUGCGUUGUUGGAGCUUCUGGAUCCAGAGCAAAAUGCACAUUUUCUAGAUUAUUUUCUUGAUGUUCCUAUUGACUUAUCAAAGGUUUUGUUUGUAUGCACAGCAAACGAUAUAAAUAGGAUUCCAGAUCCUUUGCUAGAUAGAAUGGAGGUUAUAGAACUCGCAGGGUACACUGCCGAUGAGAAAAUGCAUAUUGCUAGAGACUAUUUGGUGAAAAAUGUACAAAAAAAAUGUGGCAUUAAGCCUGAACUGGUUGAUGUGAGCGAGGCGACUCUUCUUUCCUUGAUAGAAAACUACUGCAGAGAAGCUGGAGUUCGAAAUCUUCAGAAGCAGAUUGAAAAGAUUUUUCGUAAGAUUGCUCUUAAACUUGUACGUCAACAAGCAUCCGCCAAAGCGGCUAUGACAGAUUUAAAGUCGUCGGAAACAGCUGCUGAAGGAUCCAUUGAAUUGACAAAUGAAUAUUUACGAUUAGCUGAUGUUCUCAAGGUAUUGGGAUACGCACUUGGUGGGGGUCCGACAAGCAAUAAGAGCAGAGCGGUUGCUGAAAAGCUUACUAUUGACGAAGCAAAUCUUGCAGAUUAUUUAGGUAAACCGGGCUGCAUAACCCUAAAUUUUCUGAAUUAUUUUUCUCUCUCUCUCUCUCUCCUCAUGAUGAAACCCUUUACUUCCCACCACAUGCCUCUAGCUAUUAGGGUCGGGUCUACCCCGGCUAAUAGGAGUUUACUCCUCCUCAAGGCAUGGAGUCAGCAAACCCUAUGGAACCGGAGUUCCCAUGAAUUGGCUCCUCGAGCUUUCUUCUCGACACUAACAAAUUCGAAGCGUACCGUGUCGUGUUCAGCGACUGGUUCUGCUGAAAAUGUCAAAAAAAAACGACUUUCUGAUACCUUUAGGAAAAGGAUUGAACCUAUUAAAGAAAAAAUUCCGAAACAUGUCCUAGAAGUCAUAGAAGAAGAGCUUGCGAAUCUUGAUAAGAACGAAAACGAUCAUGAUAUCUAUAGCUACCUUGAUUGGUUGACUGCGUUGCCUUGGGGAAAAUGCAGUGAUGAGAACUUUGAUGUCAUACGGGCAGAAAAGAUUCUUGACGAGGAUCACUACGGAUUACGUGAUGUAAAAGAAAGAAUACUAGAGUUUAUUGCUGUGGGAACACUUACGGGCAAUUCAGAAGGUCGGAAGAUCAUUUGUCUUUCUGGGCCUCCUGGGGUAGGAAAAACUAGUAUUGCUCGUUCUGUUGCACGUGCUCUUGGCCGCAAGUUCUUUCGGCUAGCUCUUGGAGGACUAUCUGACAGUUCCGAGAUCAAGGUAUACAUACUACUGCAUGAGAAAAACAACCGUAGAGUAUACGCUACUCCCAAGCCCGGAAAGAUGGUUCAAUGUCUAAGGAUAGUGGGAACAGAGAAUCCUCUCGUUCUGCUCGAUGAGAUUGAUAAGCUUGGAAAGAGUAGUAGAGAUCCAGAGGGUGCGUUGUUGGAGCUUCUGGAUCCAGAGCAAAAUGCACAUUUUCUAGAUUACUUUCUUGAUGUUCCUAUCGACUUAUCAAAGGUUUUGUUUGUAUGCACAGCAAACGAUAUAGAUAGGAUUCCGGAUCCUCUGCUGGAUAGAAUGGAGGUUAUAAAACUCGCAGGGUACACUGCCGAUGAGAAAAUGCAUAUUGCUAGAGACUAUUUGGUUAAAACCGUACGAAGAACAUGUGGCAUUAAGCUUGAACAGGUUGAUGUGAGCUACGGGGCUCUUCUUUUCUUGAUAGAAAACUACUGCAGAGAAGCUGGAGUUCGAAAUCUCCAGAAGCAGAUUGAAAAGAUUUUUCGCAAGAUUGCUCUUAAAAUUGUCCGCCAACAAGCAUCCGCCAAGGCGACUAUGGCCGAUUUUAAGUCCUCUGCUGAAGGAUCCAUUGAGAUGCUACAUGAAUAUUUACGAUUACAGGAAUUAGAAUACGCACAUGGUGGGGGUCCAAUGAGCGAGAAGAGCAGAGCGGUAGCUGAAAAGUUUACUAUUGAUGCAUCAAACCUUGCAGAUUAUCUAGGCAAACCGGUUUUCGAACGAGAGAAGUUGUAUGAGCAGACGCCAGUCGGGGUGGUAAUGGGUCUGGCUUGGACAUCCAUGGGCGGCUCAACGUUUUACAUUGAGACUACCUUUGUAGAAGAAGGCAAAGGUGGUCUUCAUGUAACGGGUCACCUUGGGAGAGUGAUGAAAGAAAGCGCCGAGAUAGCUCACACAGUUGCCAGAAGAAUAAUGUUUGAGAAAGAACCUGACAACCUCUUCUUUGCGAAUUCUAAGCUUCAUUUACAUGUUCCUGAAGGAGCCACACCAAAAGAUGGUCCAAGCGCAGGCUGCACAAUGAUCACAUCCUUGCUUUCACUUGCCUUGAAGAAGCCUGUAAGAAAGGAUCUUGCAAUGACUGGUGAAGUCACUCUGACCGGUAGGAUUCUUCCAAUUGGCGGCCUUAAGGAGAAGACUAUGGCUGCAAGGCGGAGCCAAGUGAAGGUGAUAAUAUUCCCGGAGGCUAACCGGAGAGAUUUUGAGGAUCUUGAGGAAAGCAUUAAAGAAGGGCUCGAUGUUCAUUUCGUCGAGGAAUAUGAGCAGAUCUUCGAGCUAGCCUUUAGCUAUGACCAUUAGAAGAAUGUCAUUUUCACUUGGGAUCUUCCUCUGUUGUUGUUUUUACUA